CUUCGGUGUUGUGGCGCCCCAAGGCAUUGCUCCCAGUCAAUAUAUAUCUCCCAAACACUCUCUAUCUUCUCCCAUUUGAGCGGAAUAUGCGCUGUCCGCUUGGUACCCGUAACGCAGCGAAUUGACAACACACCAGAGACACACACGGAAACGGACCAGGCUGAUUCCUCCACAGACUCAGAAGACUCAAGAUCAUCCCUCACACAUCACUACUCUCGCAACCAUCUUAGAUUGAGCUUCAGUCAUACGCAAAAAUCAUGCAAUUUAUCCCGCUGACUUGUACAGUCUGAAGAACCAGAGAAGAAACUCUGUUCUGCUGAAUCUAUCCUGGAAAGUCCCACAUCAAACCUUUUAUUCAGCAACAGCAGCACAGUGCGACUCCUAUCCCAGCCAUGUCUAAAGAGGACCAUGGCUGUAAGGUCAUGUCAGCCUGCAAACACAAGGAGCGCAAGCCCAAGAGGCCCCACUACAUCCCUCGGCCCUGGGGCAAACCCUACAAUUACAAAUGCUUUCAGUGUCCCUUCACCUGCAUGGAGAAAUCGCACCUGUACAACCACAUGAAGUACAGCCUGUGCAAGAACUCCCUGUCCCUGCUCAUCGAGUCCGACUGGCCUUACAAGAAAGGAAACAUCCUGCACCCGGACCAGCUCAGGCCUCUCCAGCAGGCACAGGGGCUCCGUGGGGCCGGGAAAGAGGAGCCAGGGCCCGGGGCGGGGCCAGAGGAGAGGCCCCGGGCACGGAGGCCCCUGGAGGAGGAAGGAGAGGAAGGGGAGAGUCAGGGAGGAGAUGAAGAGGAGGAGGAGGGGGGAGACGGGGCGGAAGUCGUUGGCAUGACCAGAGAGGACUCCAACCACAGCGGCAGGGAGUCGUCGUCUGAAGGGGCGACCAGGAAGGCCAAGCGGGCCGAGUCGGAGCUGCUGAUGGCCGACAUGUUCUCUCUAGAGGACCAGCUCCUGAGGGCUCGCUCAGUGGAUGUGGAGGCCCAGCUGAAGCACUACAAGCUGUCCAAGACCAGCCUGACGGCUCCCGGACUCCUGUCAGAGCAGUGGAGGUUACUGGCCACCAGCCACACUAAGGCCAAGCCCGAGGUGGCCCAGCCUCGAGUGGGCAGCUCCAUCCCCUGUUACCCUCCUCCCCCCAGCCUGGCCGACUACCCGGACCCCACCGGGCUCAACCUGUCUGUCCUCGGGGUGGGCUACCCGCUCACCCCUGGCCUGUUCUCUUAUGUCAACUCGGGCCUCCCCACCUCUGCCAACAGUCUCACGGCCCAAACCCACGCCCAACUCGCUCAGCUUCCCUUCCUGGCUUCGGCCGCUCAGCUCAUGCACCCUGCCUCCACUGCACACCCCCACGCAGACAGGACCCUCCUGCCACCUCGAUUCUACUACCCUUUCCUCUGCGAGCACACCUUCGGGGGAGGAGCAGCCUCCGCACAGAGCGAGGCCAACAAGGGGCUUAAGACCUCCACCAAUGGCCUGGAGUCCAGCCCCCCCAGCUUUCAGCCCAAAGUCAACCUGUGGAAGGUGCCUGCCCUGCGGCCGAGCGCAACUCCUGCCUCCCCUGCUGCCUGGGCGCCCCCCCAGAGAGAGUCUCCAGACCCCAGCUACAGGGCGGGGGACAAGCUCCAAGAAGCAGCCAAGGAGGGGAAAGCAGGCUGGGGCCUGAAGAGGACAGGGGCCCCCUUGGGGAUCCACGAGGCCCCUGUGGAGAAGAAGCCGGCGCUGGGAUUCACCUUGGACUUCCUGAAGAACAUCCAGAACAACACGUCUAUCGCCGUGGCAACGGACAAGCUUCUUCUCCACAGCAGUUUCCAUCGUGCUCAGACUCAGUCCCGUCAGCUAGACCAGUGGUACUCAGACCCCCCUGCCAGCCCCAACAGUGGGUCCUCCUCCCCACCCCGAUGCAGCCAACCCAACAGCCAGGACUCUACCACGGGCCGAGGGACGGGGGACGCAUCCUCCCAGUCGGCCGCAGCUCUCCUCAGCGACCUGUCCAAGGCUCUGCAGGAGUACCAGGAGGCUGAACGCAAGAUCUCCCACCUGGAGAGAGAGGACACCCCUGCUCAGGGACACCUGUGGGAACACCUGAGCAAAAUACGCAGUGAACUGUCCCACAUCCACCAGGCUCUGGAGAGGACAGCCCGCCAGAGCGAAGGACCCCUGGACCUGUCGGUCAAGAAAGACCCGGCCACGACAGAGACGGCUGCCGCCGGCGACCAGGUCGCCACGAGAGACGCGAGCCUCCACAGCAACGCCACGUCGGAAACGGAGGAGGAGGACGAAGAGGCUGACGAGGAGAAAGAGGACGAGGAGAACGAGAAGAAAGCCAUGAAGGCCUCGCUGGAGAGCCGCAAGCAGUCGUUAGACAUGCUGAUCAAGAUGAGCCAGGCGGGGUUGUCGGUGGUGAAGACGGAGGUUCUGUCUCAGGGGGGAUUGAGGACCGGUCCAGCUGAGGCCUUGUGGCCCGGUAGAACCACCAAGUGUGAGGCAGACUCGAGUGUGCUGCUCUGCCCUGACGGAAGGCCCGUGGUCUUCACUGACAUUCCCUCCUCUGCCGCCAAAACCACAAAGAGGCCGCCCUCCAUACAGCGACUAGAACCACACUGUCCACUUAGCCCUCUGACCGCAACGGACUCUUAAACAAAAAUGUAUUUUAUUUAAGAAACAAUGAAACUGACUUCUGAGAACUCUCCAACACUCGCAACACUAUUUCAUUGAUUUAAUUUGUUCUGUGUACUUUAAUGUCCAGGCAACUGUAUCACCAUUACUUUGAAACUUUCUCUCACAAAACAGACCCUUCCUGAGCCCAACUGACACAAUUAUGUCGAUGCUUAGCACCUUAUGAGUAAAAGAAUGGAUCAGAAGAUAAAAAAAUAAGACAAAGAAGUCGUAAUAAUGCACUAAAACAGCAAGUUCUGCUUUUUUGAGAUGUUAAUUGUUGAGGAUUCUCUGGCAAACUAAAAACAAUCUUAGCCAGUGCUUGAACCUUAACAAAAAAUAAUUAAUAUGUGCACUUAUAUGCACUUAAUAUUUAAGCUUCAUAAAAAAUGUGAGAAACUUCUGAUAGAAAAUCCUUUGAUGUACAUAAUGUAAUUUUCUUCAUCAGUGUAAGUAAAAUGAAUUCAUAAGUAAAUGUUACGUUUUAUAUGGAAAUGUGUUGUUGAAUUGUAUUAUUGUGAGUUUGAUUAAAACAGUGCACAGUACACCACUGUAAGAAAUGCACAUGUAUUUGAAUAAACAAAG